GUUUCCGGGUGGCGCGUGGGGCUUGGGGCCCAUCGCUGUCCCUGCUGCCGCUAACAUGGAGACCUUGUACCGAGUCCCGUUUUUAGUGCUCGAAUGUCCCAAUCUGAAGCUGAAGAAGCCUCCUUGGGUGCACAUGCCGUCGGCCAUGACGGUGUACGCUCUGGUGGUGGUGUCUUACUUCCUCAUCACCGGAGGAAUAAUUUACGAUGUUAUUGUUGAACCUCCAAGCGUUGGCUCUAUGACUGAUGAACACGGGCAUCAGCGGCCAGUGGCUUUCUUGGCCUACAGAGUAAAUGGACAAUAUAUUAUGGAAGGACUUGCAUCCAGCUUCCUGUUUACAAUGGGAGGUUUAGGUUUCAUUAUCCUAGACCGAUCCAAUGCACCAAAUAUUCCAAAACUCAAUAGAUUUCUUCUUCUAUUCAUUGGAUUCGUUUGUGUCCUAUUGAGUUUUUUCAUGGCUAGAGUAUUCAUGAGAAUGAAACUGCCGGGCUAUCUGAUGGGUUAGAGUGCCUUUUGAGAAGAAGUCAAGAUACUGGAUUUGCUCCUGUUAAUGAAGUUUUAAAGGCUGUACCAAUCCUCUGUUUGAAAUGUGGAAAAGAAUGAAGAACAGCAGUAAAAGUAUCGACUAAGCAUAGGAAGCAUAUUAAAGCUUGGACUAGAAUUUCUUCGUGGUGUCAGAGAGACAGUUUAUCACAGUAUUUUUUCCUGCUGACCUGUACUGACAUACCAAUGAUGACUGGCAUUUUCUUCUUAGUUUUUCAUUUCUUAAAGAAAAUACACUCGUAAUAUUGAAUAAAGUGAUUAUUUUUUACAACCCCCUUAACAUUUUUUGAUGACAUUUCUGAUUUUCAGAACUCAACGUAAAAUCACGAAGCAUGAUCCCACCAGCUGAGAACUCUAGACAGCUGAUCAGCUUUACCUAUGGUGCUUUGCCUUUAAACAGAGUGUGUGAUAGUAUGAUGUUUCAGAUAUGUGUGCAAGGCUUUCCUGACCAAUAUGAUGUAUGAAAGGAGCAGAAAUAAAUAAUUUUUCUAAGUAA